AUGAGUUGUCUGGGGUUGCAGGAGUAUCGCUUUGCGGAAAGAACCCAAGCCUGCUUUCGCCGGUGCCCCUCGGUGAACGGUGCCUGCCCUCUGCUAGCUGUAACCUCCCUGUCCUUGCUGGGAACAGUCAGGCAGUCUGUCCGGCGUCCUUCGGUUAUUGAGCUUGACUUUGAUCAGUUACCUGAGGGUGAUGAAGUUAUAAGUAUACUGAAACAGGAACACACUCAACUGCACAUAUGGAUUGCCUUAGCGCUGGAAUACUACAAACAAGGAAAAACAGAAGACUUUGUGAAGCUGUUGGAAGCUGCACGCAUAGAUGGUAACUUGGACUACAGAGACCAUGAAAAAGAUCAGAUGACAUGUCUGGAUACUCUGGCAGCAUACUAUGUACAGCAGGCCCGAAAGGAGAAGAACAAAGAUAACAAGAAGGAGCUCAUUACACAAGCUACCUUGUUGUAUACUAUGGCUGACAAAAUUAUCAUGUAUGAUCAGAAUCACUUGUUGGGAAGAGCCUGCUUUUGUCUGCUUGAAGGUGAUAAGAUGGACCAAGCUGAUGCACAAUUCCAUUUUGUGCUCAACCAGUCUCCAAAUAAUAUUCCUGCCCUUCUUGGUAAAGCAUGCAUUUCUUUCAACAAGAAGGAUUAUAGAGGAGCCCUUGCCUACUACAAGAAAGCAUUGCGUACCAAUCCAGGUUGCCCAGCUGAGGUUCGAUUAGGUAUGGGCCACUGCUUCGUGAAACUGAACAAGCUGGAAAAAGCUCGCUUAGCGUUAGGGGCUUUGGUUGGACUGGCUGUUCUGGAACUCAAUAAUAAAGAGGCCGAUUCGAUCAAGAAUGGUGUUCAACUCCUCUCCAGGGCUUACACAAUUGAUCCCAGUAAUCCAAUGGUGUUGAAUCACUUGGCUAAUCACUUCUUCUUUAAGAAGGACUAUGGUAAAGUACAACACUUGGCUCUUCAUGCUUUCCAUAAUACGGAAGUUGAAGCAAUGCAGGCAGAGAGUUGUUAUCAGCUGGCUAGGUCUUUUCAUGUACAGGAAGACUAUGAUCAAGCUUUCCAGUAUUAUUACCAGGCCACUCAGUUUGCCUCAUCUUCUUUUGUACUUCCAUUUUUUGGAUUGGGUCAAAUGUACAUUUAUCGAGGGGACAAAGAGAAUGCAUCACAAUGCUUUGAAAAAGUUUUGAAAGCCUAUCCUAACAAUUAUGAGACUAUGAAAAUCCUUGGAUCUCUUUAUGCGGCUUCAGAAGACCAGGAGAAGCGGGAUAUUGCAAAGGGACAUCUAAAGAAAGUCACAGAACAGUAUCCUGAUGAUGUAGAGGCAUGGAUUGAGCUUGCUCAAAUUCUAGAACAGACUGAUAUACAGGGUGCACUGUCAGCCUAUGGUACAGCCACACGCAUUCUGCAAGAGAAGGUACAGGCUGAUGUCCCACCAGAGAUUUUGAAUAAUGUGGGUGCUCUGCACUUCAGGCUGGGAAAUCUAGGAGAAGCGAAGAAAUAUUUUUUGGCAUCACUGGAUCGUGCAAAAGCAGAAGCUGAACAUGAUGAGCAUUAUUACAAUGCUAUCUCUGUAACAACGUCCUAUAACCUUGCCAGACUAUAUGAGGCGAUGUGUGAAUUUCAUGAAGCGGAAAAGCUGUAUAAAAACAUUUUAAGAGAACAUCCUAAUUACGUUGAUUGCUACUUACGCUUGGGAGCUAUGGCUAGGGAUAAAGGAAAUUUUUAUGAGGCUUCUGAUUGGUUUAAAGAAGCACUUCAGAUAAAUCAGGACCAUCCGGAUGCUUGGUCUCUGAUUGGCAAUCUUCACUUGGCUAAACAAGAGUGGGGUCCAGGCCAGAAGAAAUUUGAAAGAAUAUUGAAACAGCCCUCCACACAAAAUGAUACUUAUUCCAUGCUGGCUCUUGGUAAUGUCUGGUUGCAGACUCUACAUCAACCCACAAGAGACAGAGAAAAGGAGAAGCGUCAUCAAGACCGUGCAUUAGCGAUCUACAAGCAAGUACUCAGAAAUGAUCCAAAGAAUUUGUAUGCUGCUAAUGGCAUAGGAGCUGUCUUGGCGCAUAAAGGAUAUUUCCGUGAAGCUCGUGAUGUUUUUGCCCAAGUAAGAGAGGCAACAGCAGAUAUCAGUGAUGUGUGGCUGAAUCUGGCACAUAUCUACGUAGAACAGAAACAGUACAUCAGUGCUGUGCAGAUGUAUGAAAACUGCCUCAGAAAGUUCUAUAAGCAUCAAAAUACUGAAGUUUUGUUAUAUUUGGCCCGGGCGCUCUUCAAAUGUGGCAAAUUACAGGAAUGCAAACAAACUCUGUUAAAGGCCAGGCAUGUAGCGCCAAGUGAUACAGUCCUUAUGUUUAAUGUGGCUUUAGUGCUACAAAGACUAGCUACCUCUGUCCUGAAAGAUGAAAAAAGCAAUCUAAAGGAGGUGCUUAAUGCUGUGAAAGAACUGGAGCUAGCCCACAGGUACUUCAGUUACUUGAGUAAAGUAGGUGAUAAGAUGAGAUUUGACUUGGCACUUGCUGCUACAGAAGCAAGGCAAUGCUCUGACUUACUGAGUCAAGCCCAGUAUCAUGUGGCUCGGGCACGCAAGCAGGAUGAAGAAGAGAGGGAACUGCGUGCGAAGCAAGAGCAAGAAAAGGAGCUGCUUCGCCAAAAACUACUUAAAGAACAGGAAGAGAAGCGCCUAAGAGAAAAAGAAGAACAGAAGAAACUUCUGGAACAAAGAGCUCAAUAUGUGGAGAAAACCAAGAAUAUCCUGAUGUUUACUGGUGAAGUAGAAGGAUCAAAGGAGAAAAAACGUGGUGGCGGUGGAGGCAGGCGUUCAAAAAAAGGAACAGGGGAAUUUGAUGAAUUCGUCAAUGAUGACAGUGAUGAAGAUCUGCCCGUGUCUAGAAAGAAAAAGAAGAGGAAGGGCAGUGGUAGUGAACAAGAUGGGGAAGAAGAGGAGGGUGAGAGAAAGAAGAAGAAGAGGAGGAGACCCCAGAAGGCAGAUGAGGGGAGUGAUGAUGAAGAACAUGAAAAUGGUCCGAGACCUAAGAAACGACGUCCACUCAAAGCAGAGAAAAAGAAGGCUCCCAAACCAGAACGUCUGCCUCCUUCAAUGAAAGGAAAGAUCAAAUCAAAAGCCAUCAUUUCGUCAAGUGAUGAUUCUUCUGAUGAGGACAAACUCAAAAUUGCUGAUGAUGGACAUGCUAGGAACAGCAACAGCGAUUCAGAUGAUGGGGAACAACAGCACAGUAAACGCAUUGUUUCUGAUAGUGAUUCUGAUAACAGAAACAAAUCUGGUAGCGAGGCAGGUAGUCCGAGGAGGUCCAGUGUCCACCCAUCUGAGGAAGAUUCUGACAGUGACAGGUCUGCUAGAAAAAGGAGGCGGUCAGAUUCAGAGCAGUCUGACAACGAGUCUGUACAGUCAGGGAGAAGUCGUUCCGGUGGUUCAGAAAAUGAAUCUCGCCCAGCUUCUCGCAGUGCUGACUCAGACAGAGAUUCUGAGAGAGGAUCUGACAAUGAGGGUUCUGGCAGAGGAUCUGGUAACGAAUCUGAACCAGAAGGAUCCAACGAUGAGGGAUCUGAAGGUGGUUCAGAUGACAGCGAUUAGAUCUAAAUUACAGACCAUCUUUUUAAAAUGUUCAUGUAAAUAUAUUUCAGUUAUAGGGAAAAUCCAAUUUUUAUAUUUGAAAACUGUGACUUAAAAAAAACCCACCUUAAUGUUUUAGUAAACUGUUGUGAGACCCUCCUGUGAUUCUUUCUAUUAGCAACUAAUGGAUGUUUCUCUAAGUUGGCUUAUGGUGUAUUCUUAAAUUGAAACUGCUGUAGAUGAAGAACAGAAUCCCUGUACUAUAAUCAGCACACCAAGGAUGGAAUGCAUGUAAAAACUAUGGAACAUAAAAUCUCUGUUUAGAUGGUUCCAGUGUGGAUAAAACUGUGUAUUCUGUGCUUAUACAUGCAUAGAUGGAUCUUAAAAUCCUACCAAAUGGAACAAAGAGCUGUGGAUAUGUAUCUCCUCAUUCUGAAUAAAGGUCAGUAGGGAGGUUUUUCUUACUUUCUAUUAAAGAAUACAUUUGCCACGUUACUACUCCUUAUGUUUCCAAGAGUUUGUUCUUUUGCUUAUGUUUUUGUGUUAAAUCAGGUGAAAAGAUGCAGAUAUCAAAGAAAUCUUAUAAAGUAAUGUUGCAGGUAUAGAUGAAAUAUUUAAAUUGGCAGAUAAAAAAAAAUAGAGAAUUCCGUAUUACUUGAGAAAGGAAAAGCUGCCAGUGUCACAAUAAACUGUUCCUGCUUAUUUGCUUGGAGUGAUUUAUUUUGCCCCUUAGAAGGUAUAAGCAGAAAACCUGAAAAUGUUAAAUUUGACAAAGGAACAUGUUUUGAGGAAGUAGUCUUUAUUUUAGCUUAAGUACAUGGUUUCUGGAAUUAAAUGCUUUCAUAUCAUGUAUUCAGGAACAACAAGGAAAAUUGCUGCAUUGUAGACUAAAAUUAAUCUGAUUUCUCCCUGUAGUUCUGAAAAAAUGAGUCUUUUGUAGCAGUCCAAAAAUGUUUUUCUAACUUUUUUAAUUGGUCAUGAAGUCCUAUUUUAAGCAUUUGCUAAGAGAAGAUUAUGUAGAUCGGGAUAGUAUAUCACUACUGAUUUCAAUAGACUACAGCAUAAACUAUGUUGCUUUGUUUUUAGAAGGUCUGGAUUGUCCCUACUGAUAGCUCACUUUAAGUACUAACUGCAAGUUAUGUUUCCCAUGCUGCUAUUUCUGGUUUGCUGUGAGCAUUAGCUGUUCUCAUUGUGUAUGUUUUUUUUCAUGUGUUUAUGGGCUGUUGGUAACCAUAGCAGACAAAGCAGAAAGCAGAACAGUUGAGAUGUUUCUUUUCAUGGCUCAGUUUGUUACCAAGUUUCUAUGUGUGGUCUUACCUAAAACUUGCAUGCUUGGUGUAACAUUCAGAAUAGAAGAACAGCUGUCAUGCUUGUUGGAUUAGAGCAAAACUGAAUCUUAACUUGGCCUUCUCGAUGAUACAGUCACAUAGGUGGAAGAUUUGCAACAGUCCAAGACUGGAAGCUAGCUUUGAAAACAGGCUCUUGAGGAAAAUUUGCGGCCCUUGUAGGAAAUGAUUUUUCUGUCAAGAGAAUCAUGACCCAGGUGCUUGCCUUGUUCAGAGUCACAAGGAAGCAGUGGAUAGAUGAGGUAUGUAUGCUUGAUGUCACACUGCCUCACUUAAGAAGCUGUGAAGUAAGAAGUGUGAGGAAAUCAAUGCAACAAAGGAAAAACAAUACAUGCAAGGUGAAACAAAUGGAGCACUGGCAGCAAUUGCAAGUAUGAGAGUAACCAGUUUUUAACUAUGGGAUCUUAGAAACUUUUUUCUGCCUUAAAUAUUUCUACUAUCAUAGCUUUCUCUAUCAUGUUAUUAAUUGUAUUUUUGUUACGAAAGGUCUGAAGGUCUUGGUUUGGUGCUGUAUGUAGCAAAAUAUAUUUUCUGUAGGUAAAAGUUAGCUCUCUAUAUAGCCUGAGCAGGUCUUCAGAUCUAACAGCCAGUUGGAGAGAAGUAUUUUCAAUAAGUGUAAAAUAAAAAGGGUUUCCAUACAUCUAUUGUCUGAGGAGUAAGUGCAUUUUCUGAGCUUUCCACAGUCAGAAAGGAGGCCUGUAAGAAGAGGUUAUGACUUGAAAGGGCUUGAAAUGCGUGAUACACAAGAGGCCAAUCAGCAGGGAAAGGAGCACAGGGGAUGCUUUUGCUUCUCUUUCUGGGUUUUUACUGAGUAAAAGGGGGGGGGGGAAGCCCCAGGAGUUAACUUCUUUUUUUCUUCCCUUUGAUUAAGCGGGUUAAUGGGAGGAUUAAGGUUAUAUAUAAAGUCGCAUGUUGCUGUAAUUGGAGAGAAAGCUGUGUUUUAGUUUAAUUCAUUUCUUCUAAUGCUUGUUUUUUGUAAGUGAAGUGGUAGAAUAAUGUUGUCGUCAUUCUCUCUUGGCAGCAUUCCUUGCCUUCUGAAGUAGAUGGUUGGCUUGCAGCUUUUAAAUUCUUUUAUUUAUAGCAGUAAUCUAUUCCAGAAUGAAAUACAGGGAGUUAGAAGUGUAAUACUGCAUUGCUAUAGUAGUGUUUUUUUUCCUAGUUUGUUAUGCAUCCACUAAUAAGUUGCAUGACUGUGUAAAGUGUUUUCUGUUGAGCUCUGUUACAGCUUAGCGUUUUGCUCUCCUCACAUGUGAGCACAUCUCUACAAUAUGGUAGAAAAGGAUCAUGUAGAGUUUGCUGUUAGCAAGGAGUUGAUUUAAAAAAAAAAAAUUACGUCAUUCCUGAAACUUAGAGACUAGGCCUUUCACAGAGCAAACACUUGAAAUACAAAUUAAAAAAAACCAAACUGAAGUGGCUGAGUUCUUCCGUGGUUUGGGGUUUUGUUUUGGUUUUGAUCCACCUACUCAAGUUUUUCUCUUUAAGAAACACAUCAGUACUUGGUGGGAAGGAGUAGCUGUCACUGCUGAAUAACAAGGCAUCUGUGUGUAAAUUGAUUUGUUCUAAGUGUCCACUCCUGCUAGUUCAACUCUGAAAAUGGUGGUAGUCUAUCCACAUAAAAGCAAGGUACAGGAAUAUAUUUGGGAAUGCACUGCCAAGGAGUGGUUUGGACAAGGCAAGACCUAUGGUAGGAGCACUACAGCUAAAAUUGUAUCACUACCUUUUAUAAGGAAGGGCUUCUUUAUGGGAGUGAGUUGCUUUCCAUGUUAAAUAUUAUUCUGUUCAGAGUAGUGUUGUAGCAAAGCCUCUUCCUCCUGCACAGAUUUAAACUGUUGCAUUAGGGGUUGAUUAAUACUGUGGUCAUCUUAUAUUAAAACUUGCAGGCUUUCUGAAACAAGUUUCCUCCCUACUUUGUUUUGUGCAGUUUCUUUACUUGGGAUGUAGUGGUCUGAUGAUCUGCUUGGCAGAUAGUAGUAGCUAACUUUAAGUAGAUGAAUCUUGAAUUCAGGAGUUGCCUGGAAAACUUCUACUGCUAGAGCUGCAGUCAGCAAGGACAAAUUUAGUAUUAAUCUGGGUAACAAAACAAGUUGACAAAAUGGAUAUGAGAAAGGGCAUGUAACCAAAUACUUACUUUUCUCAGCUGGUAGUACUUACUGGUCUCCUAAUAAUAGUAUUUUACUCUUUAGCUAAACACUGUAGUUGCCCUACAGAAGAUUUGAAUUGGAGACAGAAUCUAAGGGAAUAACAAAUAGGGAAACAGGAGAGAAAUUCCAAGUAAGUAUACUGUAGUGUAGUAUUUCUGUCUUAUCUGUGAAUUUCAGUCUACACAUCUGCUCAAACUUUGUGCAGUUUAUACUAGAAAUACUUGAAAAUUUAGGAUUUUUUAGUCUUAGCAGAACCUAUAGACAGUACAGUUGUAUAGUCACGCAGCUUAAAAUGUGGGAGUCUGUGGUGUUUUUUUUUUCCUUUGAUCCUUACCCUAGAGAAGCUAAGAAUGCUUAUAGUCAUGACCUUCUUUGAAUUAAGAACAUUUAUUUUUUUAAAUAAAUUAAUAAUUUUUAUUGUCAGGGAUACACCUGUCCCUCUAGGUUGUUCUCUUCCCCUUUUUAUUUAUUCCUUUACCCUUAGGCAAAAACUCGUCCUUUCUCUGCAACCUCCAGAACUUGGGACUGGUGAAGUAUUUGGCCUGCAAACUGUCAUAACGGCACACUUGUUUGAGUUCACCUUUUUCUUAUAGCUCCAUUUGAAACAAUACAUGCUAAAGAGCCCAUAUUGCUGCUUCUAUAUAAUUAUCAUCCUAACCUUAUGCUUGUCCCUGUAUCUGACUGUUCGGAGGUGGCCCCAACAUUGUUGCUUGAACUCCAGAUGUGCUGCUCAUUUUGUAACAAUAGAACAGAGGAGGUUGUAGUUUAAGAAGAAUCUCUUGUAAUGCUAUAUUCCCUCUGGCUUUUUCCACCAAUCUAUUCAGAGAAAAUUGUCCUUCAGUGUCUUCUCACUUCUGUACCUGAAGGUUCUGGCUAUACAGGCACUGCUAAAUCAACAGACUGCUUUAAGCAGCACCCUCUCAAGCAGAGCCAAGGUACUAAUAAAUACCAGUCUUGACUUUCCUUGCACUGGUGACAGUUUACUAUCAGUUUUGAAGAUGCAUCAGAGAAUAUGAAACUGCUCUUCAUCCAUCUCCACUCUUUCAAGACAGAUAACUCUGCUUUGUUCCAACUUUCAGUAGAGUUAGAACUGCUCUAAACUGGCUCUGCUGUCUGUAUCUGCCAUGCUGUACUGAACUAUGACUAGUACAUGUCCCAUUCUCACGCGAGUCUGUCUAAGCAAAAGUUAACAUUCUUUUUUUCUUGUGGGAAGCUGUCCUUGACCAUCUGGGAAGGAAGAAUUAUUGUUAGCUAUUUUCUAGCACUAAAAAGGAAAGAGGAAUGAUGUCUCAUUUGGGUUUGCAGGACCUAAGCAUAUUUAUGCACAAAUUCAAGGUGGUGAUUUUAGUCAAAAUUAUCUUGACUUUCCAGGGACAUACAUUUUUAACUUCCAGCAUGCCUAUUUCUGAAUUUCAGCGAAGACAUACCUGUUAAGAAUACUUGCACUUGAUGGUGGGUACAGAUUGCUUUUGGGGCAUGUUUGCCUGUUUUUGAUGAUACUCUAAUGGAGGUGCUCAACUUGUUCACUCUCCUGAUGAGCUACAAAAAUUUGGAGUCUCUUUAUUAUUACUUAGCUGAGUUUCUGUUAAAUGGUCCUUGCAGAUGAAGACUGUGCUGUUCAGGCAGUAAAAAACAUUUCCCUGGGUGUAUACCUGGAUGCACUGGGUUUUCUGCCUAUGAUUCAUACAGACUCGUGCCUCUCAUCUUCAUGCAUCUGUUAUGUUUUACGGUCACUGCAUCAGGGGAAUUAAUGUGUACUUGCAGGAGCCUUAACCCAUAACUCUUUCUAGGAGCGUUCCUUGCUGCUUUUUCAGUCUGUAGGCUGUUCAUGGUUUGUGCAAGGCAAAAGAGCCUUACAAGCAUUAGCUGAGUUAUGGAUAUAAGGUAAUUAGGUGUUGCCCUAUAACAAAAUUGUAUUGCUGGAAGGGACAGGGAAGGAAAGAAACAAAAAGAAACAAUGUGUCAGAUUUGUGCUUAAAAAUAGGUACAUUAUUUAUGGUCUUGCUACUUCAUUACUUGGGUUUCCAUAUUUCUAACUUGGGUCUUCUAUUUUGGCUUUCUUUUCCUCUGCGCUCACUUAUUCAUAAUUAAUGCCCAAAGAGACACUUGCUUUGCCCAUGAGUGUUUCAAUUUCCAUUGUCUUUAAAUAGGGCAGGGGAAAGGAUAUUGUUUUUCAGUGCAUAUGCAAGAGCUAUUGAUCUACCCAACUGUAAAAGCAGAGUUUGGAAAUGGUAACAGUAAAAUCAAGCAAAAUAUACAGUAAAAAAAAAAAUAGGGGAAAAAAAAAUAUCAUGAAAGACAUAAUCGAGAGACAGAAAGUCAUUCACCUUAAGACCAGGACUCCAUGGCUGCAGUUGCAGAUAAUGCUGCUGCUUAUACAAGAAACUAUCAGUGGAGUUAUGUGGAAAGUUAAGUUUGAAUGGACCAUGCAGAGAAAAACAUGCCUUGACCACCUCUCUCAAUUGCUGUGGUGUAUCUACACCAUGGGUCUAAGCUGCUUUGUCCAGUUAGUCAAAUAGUGCUGUGAUCAGAGAAGAAGGCAGGGCUCACAUCAGGCAACUGCAAUGCAAGCUUGUACAUAAGCAAAAGGUUGAUAACAUCUAUAGUGUUUACAUAGAAGUGAUUCUCAGUAAAAAAAAGAAUUGCAUUUUUUCAAUUGCUCACCGUCUUUGGUCUAAAUUGCCUAUGAACAUUAGCAGCUACCUUCAAUUGUGCUUUUGCGGGAUGUUCCAUUUCUUUAUACCAGUUGAAGUGAUGUAGUGUUUCUUACUGAUUUCGUACAUUCUUGGUUUUGAUGUUAUUUUCAAGAAAUGUGUGAGAAGGCAUAGUGGACAAGGAGGUGGGCAAAGAGGUGGGCUACAAAUUGUGUAUCGGGAGACCUGAAUUUCAUGUAGCAUGUUCUCACUGAUACCUAUGUAAGGGGGAACACUCACUCAGGCUUUUUAGCCCUUUCGCAAUGGGGGUGACUUGAAUAAAAUUUAAGCUGCUUUGGGACAGGAUGAUUUCUUAUUGAGUUGUACAGGACCUAAAAUACUGCUACCCAAAGUUGUUCAGAUCUCCAGCUGUAUUUUAAAAUCAUAUUUACUAUUACUUUAAAUUUAAUGGUUGUUGUUUUUAAUAAUAACGCACUAACAUAUUUUGCUGAACUAUUGUACUGUUUGUAACCAUUUUAUUUUCUUAUGUUUAAUUAGAUCAUUGAAAGCAUGUGUAGUCAUUACUGUGGCAAACAAAAUCACUUUAUCUACAAAAAUAGAAUAAUACAGAUUAGGUCAAUGUUUUUCACUCAGAUUCUAAUGACUUACCCUUUUUUAGCCGUUAACUCACAACAGGAGAAUACAGCCUCCUCUAAUUCAUGUCAGACCCUUUUUGUCUGAUCUGCAAGGUCCUUGGAGCAGAAAAUGUGUCUUACUUGAUUGUAAAAUGGCAGGCAUUGUUGCUUGAUUGAUAAUAGGAUACUAUCUCCAACAUGUACAACAGCCUCUUUCUCCUCCUUCAUAGUAGGAAGGCUAGUGAAAAUAAUCUGGUUUUGGUUUUGAGUGGUUUAAUUUAAAAACAGAAGAAUAUAAACACAUAAUUUUACAAUUAGAAGGGUUGAAGUCCUGGCCAACAGUUUGACUUGGAAACAAAUUAGGGCCAGAAUUGUCUUACAGAAUUAAACUUUUAUUGCUAAAAGCUAAUCUUCAUUGUUCAUCUCUUCAUUGAAGAGCUAGGUUUUGGGCCAGGCAUGCCUUCAUUCAAUUCCUGUCUUAAGUAAACUGCUACAAAGCUGCUUUGCUUUUACAGAGUACUUUCUGUAGGCUAUUAAUCAAUACCUUCUGGAAAGCUUCAGCACAGGCUGCGGUUAGAGUUGCACAAUCACUGAGGUUGCCAAAUAAUCACAUGUGUUUAUUUUGUUUGUGGAAACUUCCCAUGACAAUUUAAAAAAAAGCAAAAACCAAAAAACCAACCAAAAGCAACCACCAAAAAACCAACAAAAAUCCACAACCCGUCCUUGGAGGUGGGAGGAUGAGAUGCAGAACCAAAAGCCCACCAAAAAACUCUCCCAAAAGACAGAUGACUUUAAAUGAGCAGCUUGUAAUAACUGGAAGACUGACAGCCAACUUACUCUAACAGAAUUUUCACGCUGUAGUUAGCUUUUCUAGUGUACAGGGAAGAGAGAAGAGGCUUUCCUGGUCCCUGAAGCACAUACUAAGACUUUUCUGACACCUUAGGUAACUGAGACUUGUACGGUUCCAGUUCCUCUGGUCUUGGCACCUGUAGUGCUGUGAAUCACUUCCGAGGUAGCCAGUACAAAGGGUUCCAGUCAUACCCAAGUAACCCUCAGUCCCUGGCAGCAGGGGACGUUGCAGCUGUGUUCCCGCUUAGACGUCUAGUGCAGAAUUUCUUGAAGAAGCUACCCAACUGAACAAGUGUCUAGGAAAUGUCUUUCUUUAAUGGGUUACUGUAAGUGUUGUACAGAGGAAAAUUCUCACAUGCUGGAGGCAGGGCUAUAGCAAUGUUCAUCUUGUCUUCUGGACCUCUGACAGCUGAGGCCAAAGCUAUGCGCUUCCCAGCAGAAAGCAGAUCUGUGCUUCACGCUUAGUGGCGGCAUCUCUGGCUCUGGCAGAGGCAGAGAAAUCCUGGGCAGAAGCUCACAAGCAGGAGCGGCAAUGUCAAGAGAAAAAGGAGGCAGCUCUGCUUGAGACAGUUUAAAAUAAGAUGUUUGCUGUGCCUUCAGCAGCUGUCAGAAGGUGGAUGUGCCGAAUCAUGGCAGAGCACUGGGACAGCACACAACUUGUGGCCUGUGCACUCAUGUGUUAAUAUGCAGGUACGGCAAACUUUAUUUCCGUAUUAUAUGGCCAGGUGAUUUAGAUGAAUUUCAUUUAUCUUCAGACAUCUAAAAAUUAGCAGUCUAGACACCAUGGAGGCCCAUGGACUGGCAUCCCCAGAGGGCAAACCAUCCUACCUAGGACAAUUAUCUAAGGCGGGUGGCGUGAACCACUUUCUGAGGAGCCUGUUUCUGUCUGUUGCCUAAGGAACGUAUAGAUGUCUAGACACUCAACAUUUGGGUAGCUGAAUUUAAGUUAAAGGAAUCCCACCCAGCAAAACAGUGGC